GUGGCCCUGGCGCUGGGCCAGCUGAACUCCAAGCAGCAGAAAGUUCUGAAAGACCUCAAGGUGGAGCUCGCGGCAGGCUUCGAUGCAGAUGCUUACAGAGACACCCUUGCAAGCAAGGUGGCGGCGGCCGAGCACUUGCCGUUGGCCGACUCGCGCGGCCGCAUCCCCAAGCGGGACAAGGGCUACUCCUGGUGCCGAAGGGACAAUGACGCGGACGCUCGGCUUUUCCGACUGGAG